AUGAUGGGUGAUGACUUCAAAGUGCCGAUGUUGCCGAAUAGGAUGGCAGUGGUGAGCACAGAUAAAAAGAGCGAGCCACAGCGAACAUCGAAGCUUCAGGCUCCAAUCAUGCUGCUAACCGGUCAUGAAGAAGAAAUUUUUGCCGCUCGUUUCAGUACUGACGGAACUUGUCUUGCAACUGCGGGAUUCGACCAGAAGAUCUUUCUUUGGAAUGUUUAUGGAGAAUGUGAGAACUUCUCUUUGCUGCGUGGUCAUACCGGUGCUGUUAUGGAUGUCCAUUUCAAUACAGAUUCAAGCUUACUGGUAUCUGCUGCUACUGAUAAGACCGUUCGGGUAUGGGAUAUGGAAACUGGAGCAUGUCGGCGAAAAUUCAAAUCACAUGUUGACAUCGUAAAUGCUUGUCAUCCUUCACGACGCGGCCCCCAGCUGGUGUGUUCCGCUGGUGACGAUGGUUUGGUUAAAGUGCAUGAUGUUCGAAUGAAGGAUGCUGUGAAAACAUACGAAAACAGGUUCCAACAGCUAGCCGUUACAUUCAAUGAUACUUCUGACGAGAUCUUUGUGGGCAGUAUCGAUAGUGAUAUCUAUUGCUGGGAUAUGCGACGUGAUGACAUCUCUUAUGUAAUGCAAGGACACAAAGAUAUAAUUACUGGAUUAUCGCUUAGCCCAAAUGGCAACUAUCUCCUAUCUAAUAGCAUGGAUUGCUCUGCAAAAAUGUGGGAUGUGCGACCUUUUGCCCCUCAAGAACGGUGUUUGAAAUCAUUUUAUGGACAUCAGCAUAACUUUGAAAAGGUUAUUGUGAGAGUUUUAGACAUUUUUUUCUUGAUUCAAUGUGUUUUUACACAGAACUUGCUGAAAUGUGGAUGGUCUGGUGAUGGUAAGCGAAUUACGGCGGGAUCAAGCGAUCGGUUUGCUUAUGUAUGGGAUGUAGCCUCACGACAUAUUCUCUACAAGCUUCCCGGUCAUUUGGGUUCGGUCAACGCUACGGAUUUGCAUCCAAUGGAACCAAUACGUAAGUCAUAUCUUUGA